CACGCGCUUAUCGAAUUUGCAACUACAACUGCAAAUGUGACCGCCAGGCGCCUGUCACUUGGGCUUGCAGAAGAAGCAUACCGUAGGCAGUGUUCAUCAGAAAUAUGCAGCGAGAUAUUAGCAAGUUUGUCAAAAAGCGCUCACCGCCAGCUGAGGAGAACAGGGACGUAUCCAGCUUCAAAGGAGACACUGGGUACGUCAGCAAGGGCCAGCCUGGAAGUGCAUCUGCGCCCGGUGGCGGCGGUGGUGGGCUGCUGAAACUGCUGAAUGGCAGUAGCCGGCAGCCUUCCUCCUCAUCCCAAACUGCUGUUCCUCGUGCGGCAUUGCUACGUGUCCUGGAGGCGAAGCCGCCCAGCAGAGGAGCUGCCUCAGCAGACAGCAAGUGGUCUCGUGCACGCCAGGGCGCAAUCCCCAGCACCACAGGCACAGUGCCGACACCCAACACACAGCCUGUACCCCAGCCAUUCGCCGCUUCUGGCCACAACCGCACCGGCAAUACAGGCGCAAACAGCAGCUUAGGCCUGGAAGCAACAGGUCCGCAUCGCCAGCGUCCUGGGCAUGCAGGCGAGCGCUAUUGGGAGUGCUACCGCCGCAACGCCGAGCCUGUGGACGACGAGCCUGAGCACCAGCAUGAGCAGGAACAGCAGCUUAAGGGUCAGGGUCAGGGGCAGGUUCAGGACCGGCCUGUGGUGGUGCUCGGCGGCUCCAGCAAGCGUGCCGCCAUGAAGCGCGCCGGCCUUGACAGCGCGCGGCUGCAGGAGAUACGCGAGGUCCGUGCGCGCAUUGAGACGAGCAGCCGCUACAACCACUGGGCCGACGGAGGGGGCCAGUGGGACUCAGAAAUGAUUGGCAUUGAUGGGGCGGACGAUGUGGGCAUGCGCUGGGAGGGCGUUGGGUGCACCACAACCGGACCCCGCAUCUGAGUUUAGCAGAUACGGGUGCGUGUAAUUCCCGCGCACGCACGCUGAGCACUGAGCGGGUUAAUCGUGGACAUGGCGUGAACUGCGGAGGCCCUGCAGCGUGAGUGAAACGACGCUCGGAGGGGCCAAACUCCACAAACGAGGAGGGCCCAGAGGCUGUAAGUUGUCAUGGAC